CGUGCUGCGGCUUCGAUCCUUUUCUUUUCUUCGUCAAGAAUCGCAGAGUUUCCUACGAAUGCAGGGUUUUCUGCAGGCCGUGUCUCGGCUGCUAUCUAUGCAGCUAAUGGUGCUAGCAUGCGCAGUUCCUGAGAGACUAUAGCUAUCGUCUUCAUUGUCUUGCUCUCAUUAUUGGAGAUGGAUUUCUCUGCACCAAAGCAGGAGCCUGAGCAGGAGCUUGCACGGGGAUGGCCAGAAGGCGCAUCUUCGACUUCGCAGCACGGUAACCCUGAGGGUGGCCCUGAAACUACCGAUACAGCAGACAGAUCUAGCGAUCCUUCGCAGCCCGAACCUCAAAGUUACUAUCUUCCUAGGACGUGUCGCAUUUGCUUGGACUCCGUGCCUCCCACAUUGCAACCUUCUUCUGAAAAUCUUCCUGGUUUUCUCCAAUCGAAACCGCGUGUGACGUACGUGUCACCUGAUCCUGAAUUAGGUCGAUUGCUGCGACCUUGCAGGUGCAAGGGCUCCUCCAGAUACGUCCAUGAAGGCUGUCUACGUUCGUGGCGACAUGCGGAUCCCGCUUAUGGGAAACGCACUUACUGGCAAUGUCCCACUUGCGGGUUCCAGUAUAGGCUGGAGCGCGUAACAUGGGCUCGCUGGAUCAGUAGUAAUGCGACUCAGAUCGGCUUGACACUGGCUAUAUUGAUGUUCACUGUAUUCUUGUUAGGUUUUAUUGCUGACCCCAUUAUUAAUCUUUACAUUGAACCGCUGGAGAGGAUUUAUCCUGCAGAUGUGGGAGAACCAGAUUUUCUUGGAGAACUGCAGACAGAAGGAACGUCUUCCUGGUUCCAGCACUUCGCCAAAGGUUUAGCAUCUCUAGGGUUUCUGUCCUUUAUCAAAGUGUUCUUCGCAAUGUCUCCUUGGCAAUGGGGUGGACUACGCAGUCUCGGCUUAGUUAGCAGUGGUGGCAGGUCGACCGGACGGAAUCGAGUCGCUUCCAUCAGCUGGGCCGUAAUUCUUAUCGGUGUUUGCAGCUUCCUCUGGGCCGUAUUCAAAGGCGUUAGAGCCUGGUGUCGCCGUGCUCUGGAAAAGGCAGGCGAACGCGUUAUGGACGUUCCAUUGCCUGAUGAUGAAGAUGAAGAUGAAGCCCGUUCCUCCCCAAGCGAAGAACGCUCCAAAAAAGCCGAGUGAUAGAUGUACAUGGAUCUGGAAUUCGCUUGCCUUUUUUUACGGCCGUCAGAAAAAUGUGUCUAAUCCUGACCGCACAACUUAAGUUGUCAUACUCCUUUCAAUGAGGUGCCAAUUAGUCAAUGUGCGAACAUCUGCCUAAGUCCUCGUGACCCCCCGGCCUGCUGUUCCUGAGGCGGUACUUGGAUUUGGACGUUUUGUUCUUAUCCAUUUCAGUCUGCUUUCGGACAAGGUCGGGGGAGGACCGGGCCGCAUUCGAAUCGGUGAUGGUACGCUCAGCGACUCUCGCUACUCUUAGUGACGGGAGACGUGUCAGUAAGCGCAUCUACGAUUGGGGUGCGGUAAAUACCUCCCCUAUAGCAUACCUUCUAUAAUGAACUUGAUAUCGAUAAUUAGCAAUAAGUCUAAGCACC